AUGGCUCAGCGACGAGAUACAUACGCGGAGAAUAUGGGGCGUAAUUCCACCGAGGCGCAAAGACUUGACGAGCAGUUCGAACUGAUCACGGAAAACAUCGGCUACCUCCUGCACCCAUCCGUUCGAGCCAAGCUGCCCCCCAAUGCCCAAGUCGCUGACGUGGGCACAGGCACUGCAACAUUCCUGCGCAGUCUGAGCCAUUACUAUCCCGACGCAAGUAUGCAUGGUUAUGACAUCUCGACCUCGCUAUUCCCGCCCUUUUCCACACUUCCCCCCAAUGUCGCACUGUACCUCCUCGACGCCCGUCAGCCCGUUCAGUCGAUAUUAUGGGGCAAAUAUGAUCUCGUACAUGUGCGGCUCAUUUCAGCGGGCCUCAAGCCUAGCGAGUGGCCUUCCAUAAUUCGGAAUCUCACUCGCAUGUUGAAGCCUGGUGGUGCUAUGCAGUGGGAGGAAUGUGAUUUUACCGCUGUGCGACAUCUUGCUUGUUCACCUACUGCCACUACCGACACUGCCUCUUACAUGGGCCGGCAUUUCCUGGCUGGGAUGAUGCACCAUUUUCAAAAUGGUUGGAAUCGACUGACUACUGAGAUGCGUGCCGCUGGUCUGAAAGAGGUUCAUACUGAGGUUGUUGCUGCUGAUCGAGUUUACGCCACCCGCCCGCGUCUUACUGCUAAUGGAAUGGUGGCUAUAUUUGCGUGGGCUCGGCUCGCGUCUGCAAGAGGGGAUGAAGGCUCGUUGACUAUGCAGCAACUGGAGCAGCUUGAACGUAAGGCAUACGCGGACAUUCAAUCGGGAUGCUAUGUGACCUUUGAUAUCCACGUUGCUUGGGGAUUCUGCGCAUCUUAA